CAGGGUCGAUGUGCUGGUCGUAGGAUAACGGUGAACAGCUCGAUUGCGACACGUAAACACGCACAAUAUGGCUAGCGCGAUAACGAUGGGUCUGCGUCGCAGAGCACCGGUGAACAGUUCACCGACUCCGUCAAGCCAAUCACUGUCCACGACGACUGGAGCGUCGAGCAAGCGCUCGAGAAGCGAGAACAACAACAGCCCGUCCCACGGCAAUUUGAACUCGAUGAACAACACUCGGGACGAGCCACCGACGAAGAAAUCUCGCGGGACCUCGACGAGCGGAGGGAAGAACAGUGGCUGCCCCACUUCCUCCAACUCGGCAUCCUCGAUUUCAACGACCACGAGUAUCUCAACCGACAGCCCGAUUUCGAAGAGUCGCGGUACUUCCGUCUCAAGAUCGGCUACACAGACCAAAUCAUCGUCCACUUCGACGGCUGCCAACACGGCCUCCUCCUCGACGAGCGAUAUAUCGAACGGUUCCGUACUCUCGACUAGCUGGCCGACCACGUCGAAUAUGUCGGAUGUGCCAUCGUACGCUUCCGUAACCGGGCUGGGCUUGACGGGUGCACAAACGGCUGGCCUGUGCGCUGGAAGCCUCGCCAUGCCACCUACGCCGAUUCCCUACAUGUCGACCACCAUGGCGACCUUCGUCGGCAACGCCACAAACCUCGGCAAGAGCUCGUCCGUCUCGUACCUCGACAUCUCCAACAUGACCGGUGGUUCCUUAGCCGCUUCCGGCGCCGCGAACUCGUUAAACGGUGGAUACGCAGCGAGCGGUACUGCCACAGUGGACACAAAGAGCGGAAUAGCGAUGUCGUAUUCGACGAUGUCAUCACCGAAUAUGAAUGGCGGCGCGUAUGGUAUGCAAAAGGGCCCGAAGGGAGUCGACGGAGCCGCCGCGUCACCAAGGAAAUUUCAAAACGACUCCAUGUUCAAUACUUAUCAGCCGUGGGUGAUCAAGACGUACGGUGAUCUUGCCAAGACUAAAACGAUCACCAUCAAGAAGUACGCGCGUAUUUUGCGGACUUUACGGGGCGAGGAAGUGAACAGCGCCGAAAACAGCAAAUUCCGCUUCUGGGUCAAGAGCAAGGGCUUCCACAUCGGUCAGCCGGAAGGUUACGACGCGAAAGCGGCCGACAGGAUUAUUGGACGUCACGCCGUCACGAGUCCAGGCUUGGAUCCACCGCUCUACGUGCCCACGCAGCCGCCGCACAACAAGGCGUUAAAUGGUGCCGAAGGUACAGUCCCACCUGGAAGAGUGUAUAAAAAAGUCGCGAUUGUGGAGAAUUUCUUCGAUAUCAUCCACGCCGUUCAUGUUGAUCUCGAAGGACGUCCUGGGAAACAUGCUGGUCAGAAGCGCACCUACAGAACGAUUACAGAGACGUAUGCAUCCCUGCCGCGAGAAGCAGUAACGCGAUUUCUGCUAGGUUGUACGGAAUGUCAGCGACGUCCGCGGACGCCCAGUCCAACAAACUUAUCUAAUCAGUCGCAGUCCACCCAGCCAGCGACACUGGGGACAACGUCAACCCCGCUGAGCCCGAAUCCCGGUAACGCCGCUCUUGCGACCUCGUCGUCGUCGACGACGACAUCUUCAUCGGUGCAAAAUAGCUCUAAGCCGCGUAACAGCGGCCAACAUGCGUCAUCGGAGGGCAAGAACUUGCACAACUACAGGCACCAAAAGCAGCACAAGACCGGCGCUGGUAGCGCCGCUGCAGACUCGAAACUCGACAAGGACAAAGAUGAGAAGUACAAUCCAUUGAGUAUUACGAACUUAUUGAAGAAGGAGCCGGUAAACGGUGGUUAUCUCGCGAAUUCGGAUGCUUUGCCGGAAUCGAGGAGAACGCCGGAGUCGGAUCGAGCGAGUUCGAAGAGCUCGGCAUCGUCAAAGAGAAAACGGAUGCUGCCGGAGGGACGGACACCCUCGCCGCAACCCAGCCAGCCGUUGCCGAGGCCAUGGAGCCCCGGGCUGGACCCCAAGAACACGCCCAUCGACUAUAGCUGCUUACCUAUCACCACCUCGUAUUUGAAGCAUCAGCAGAGACUGCUCCAGGAGAAGAACAAGGCAGCCGCUGCUAAUACGCUGAGAGAGCCUGAAACGACGGAAUCGAAGGCCGUCACGACACCGCUCGUCGAGGAGACCGAGAGCGCUGAGAGGGAGAGAUUUUCACCGGCGACUGGUCUGAUCGACACGAACCUCAAUCUACUGGCGACCAUCCAGCAUCUGCACUGCCAAGUGAUGUUGGCGCUCACCGAACGAUUGAGACCGUCAUUCGCGGUGCCGAGUCCUUCAAUUCUACCACCGGCAUCGACUAACGUUUUGGCGGGUACGAUGAUGAUGGGCACGGAAGUUUCGGUUCAAACAGGAGAGAAUCAUUCGUGAAUCAGUAACGGAAAGGAAGAGAAUGCUCGAUUUUUAUAGUGACUUUCUUCACCUCUAGGAGGUGCGUAAAAGGCAAUGUAUUAUGAUUAUCAAGAAAAACGAUAGAUUAGUAUUUCCGUGAACAGAAUUAAUUCCCAUCGAUAAUACUGCCUGAAAGUCUUGCAUAUAUCGAGAUUAUAUAUUCGUUCUAGACAAGCGUUCGCGAUAAAAAGAUUAAGCCGAUCAGACAACGGAAGUGUGCAUUUAACAAAAAGACACGUGUUAAAAUUCGACCGCCUUAUUUGCGAUUUUGUCACAGUCACGCGGUUACACGAGGCUCCGCAUACAAAAUGUCGAUCGCGGUCACUCUUCAUCUUUAAUUCGUUCCUAAAUACGGUAUCCGUUUGAUGUGCGCGAUUGCGAAUACAGCGAUGGCUGCUCGCCAUCCCGCUUUUGGUCGAGAAGCGAAACGACAGAUAAACGCAAUUACAUAUUGAACCGGACGGGAUCGAUUAUUGUCGUCGGUGCUCGUGUCACAUAUUUCAUCCGAUCAGGCCGACCAGCCUGACGCUUGCUUGCGUUCGACGUCGCCCGAUAUAGACGACGGGCCAAGCGAGCAGAAUAAUUCCCCAAGUCUGUCGAAAUACGGGUCGAUGUGUCAGGGAUUCGCGCUUUCUAUGUCCGAUAUUUAGAAAUCCGUUACGCGGAGAGCGGAUCGCGAUCCGUUCCAAAUCGAUCCAUCCAGACGGGGCAAAAGCGACAGUCCGCGCGACGACACCGCGAAGGUCCUGAAUAUUCAACGAGCCAGCGAGAUGGGGUGAGUCCGAGAGGAAAAGAGAGGGAUAGAGAAGGAGAUCCGAUUUCUCGUUUUCGGGUGUCAUCCGACGAAUCCGACAACAUUCAGCGUCGUUGUCGACCUGACGAAUUGUCUUUCAUCUUUUAAGCGCGACGAUUCGCUCCGACUAAUUAUAACAUGUACCAAAAUGGUCAAUUGAUGCUUCAGAUGAAUGAUGAAUUUUUGUAUUUUAUCGUCUUCCCGUAGUGAGAAUAUCCCGGCGCUAAUAAUUUCUGUGUUAUAAAUCAUAAAAACAGAUUGCGCAAGUUAAGCUUUGGAGCGAUAAAUAAAUAAUGUAACAUUACCUGUCGAUACUGUUCAAUCUUUCAGAGGACGAACUUUCUUUUAACAGAAUUUUAUUUAAGGCUCGUUGGAGGAAAAAAGAGAAAACUUUUCCGGGGGAACAUGCUUGUCGAGUUUGAAGUAACUUGUUUCGUCUUUUUGUCUGUUUAAGCGAUGUAAUACCCUCUCAAUCUCGGACAGUAUGAAUUAAUAUCGAUUAAUACGCGAUCGAGUAACAUCUCAUUGACAAGGAAAGGGCCGGCUGCAUCUAGUCGGCGUCUUAUUCUAUCUUUUAAUCGUAAUAAUAUCGCGCGUAAUUACGCGCAUUGGGGGGAUAUCCAAGGCGAGCCUGAAUGCGCGACUCGUCUUGUAACGUUUCGCCGAACCGGUCGAGAUCCGGUAUUAUAAUAUCUGCGAGCCGCAAACUUCUCUUAUAUUGUACUAAUUGUCAUGUUAUUGCCAUUAUUAAUGCAGCGACUUUUGAACAAUACUGU